AUGCGCUACCCCACCCUCCUCCCGCUCCUGGUGGUGCUCGUCGUGGUCGCGGUGCCAACAACCCACGCGGCGCUGUCGCUCAUUAACCGCCCUGCUUACGGGAACAUUUUCAGGUCGGCCGGCGCAGUGUUUGACCUCCCGCCGGGAAGCUUUACCAUGGAGUUUUGGGCCAAAAUGUACACGCCUCCGAGAGAUGUGUACCUGGUAAGCGUGUGCAAGCCUGGUUGCUGCAACAACAAUAUAGUGUUUGGCGCGUUUGACACUGAUGGUAUUUGCUACCUCAUCAUGGGCACAAGCCCGUACUUUGAGGUCGAAGUCGCGAAUUGUGGAGGCGACUCGCUCUGGCAUCACUAUGCGUUUGUGGUCGACGCGACUACAGACUUGGCAGAGUUCUGGCUUGAUGGAGUUCGCGUAGCUGGUCCGGAUCCUGUCACCGGCAUCCAGCGCACUGGCAAUGUGCUGGUGCUGGGCAACGAUCAGGACGGAGCCUCCUGUACAGUCGAUGACGCCAGCCAAGCCGUCUCGGCGCUUAUGGACGAGUUCCGCGUCUGGUCGGCAGCACUCUCCGGAGACGACAUUGCGGCGGUCAUGGCCGGUCCGGUCUCGCCCAACUCGCCCAACUUGAGCACUUAUUUUGUCUUCAACGAGACUUACAUCUCACCGACCACGCUGACCCAGGCGCUUCCGGGCGGCAUCUCGCUCUCAGCUGGCUCAGAGCCGCCAACGUAUACCGCAGCAAGCCCGCACACGUCGAUUGUUUUUGAGCGCGCGCCGCCGCAGCACCCGAUCUUGCCCUCGCCGCCAGUGGUCGACAUUGUCUCGUCGGCCAUCCACAGCUGUUACGCGGCUGAUCUCGACGCUGACGGCGUGCUUGACAUGGUGUUUUCCCAGGACACGGCGGUGGUCACCGCCGAGCCGACCGUCUUUGUUGCUCGUGGCACCGGAGGCUUGACGUUUGACACGCCGUCGACAGUUGUGACCUCUACCAGCAUUGCCGCCGUCGCUGCCUCCGACAUUUCUACCGACGGCAAGCCCGAUCUCGUGGUCAUGCAUGCCGGCUCCUCAUACCCGCUUGUCUACCUCUCGACCUCGUCGGGCCCUGGCGAUGUCUCAUUUGCACUCGCGCCGUACGAGGCAGGCACCGGGCGCGCGCUCUCGCAGCCAGUUGACAACUUUGCCCUUGUCCCAGACCAGAACGGCGAUGGCGUGACUGAUGCCGUGUACAUUUCAGCCAUCAGGCGCGAGCUCGGGUGGGUCACCUACGGCUCGGGCUCGCCGGUCUCGGCUCCGAUCAUCUCGAUUCCGUCCGGCUCGCUCAAGUUUGGCUUCCGCUCAGACGACGUCUACACCGACCCACUCUUUGUCGACACUAACGGCGAUGCCCUACUCGAUCUCAUCUACAUGGUUGUCCCGGCAGGAACCAUUGGCGUCGUCAGGGCUCUGCCACGGACUGCACCGGCCGCGAGUGUCACCUUUGGAGUGCCGUUCGAUCUAGUCGACGGCGUCACCCACUUCACGCUCGCCGACGUCGACGGCGACGCACAGCUCGAGCUCCUUACAACCAUCUCCCGCACCUGGGCGGUCUGGCGAUUCAACGGCGACUCGACCGUCACCCAAAUUGCAAGCAUCAACAUCGGGACCGGCCAGCCUCCGUUUGGCAUCAUGUUCGCCGACCUUGACAACAACGGCCUCCUUGAUAUGGUGUCAAACUUUGACGUCGAAAGCACCGAGCUGCUGGUGGCGCUCCAGCUGGCGCCCUUGAACUUUGCCUUGGGUGAGGCCUUUGGCACUUCUGGCUCUAGCAAGUCCCGUUGCGUGGUAUUUGGCCAAUGGGAGAGCGACGGCUGGCCGCAGCUCAUCAUGGCUCCGGUAGCCACCUCUAGCAUAUCUCUUAGCGGAGAGAUCCGUGCCAUGCACACCGGGCCGGUCCCGCGAUACCUUGAUCCUGCAAUCCAGCUGGCGCCCGUGGGCUUUUCCUGGUGCGGGUCAGGGCAAGUACCGGAGCUGCUCAUCGUCGAUGCUAACCAUGACCUCGUGCUGGACCUCGUUCUCUCCUGCAACGUCGACGCGACUACGUUUGCCAUUUACGGCGACGGCGACGGCGGCUUCAUGCCAGCCGCUCAACGGACCAACCCACCGUCACUGGCGCAGCUUGUGGCCACCAUCGCGGUCGACGGCGACGGCGACGGCAUGGUCGAUAUUGUUACACUCUCAAGCGACAGCCUCGUCGCGCUCUCACCGUUUGUGGACCUUUCUACCGCACCGGCACCGGCGAUUCCGACGCCCACCAUCUUCACCGUGGCCACCGCUGGCACGCCGCAGUGGAUGGCAGCCGCCGAUCCCAACGCGGAUGGCAACGUCGACUUGCUUGUCGGCGGCACGCUUGGCAUUGCAGUUGUCGUCAACAACGGGCCGAGUGCCAGCCCGUUUAGCGCCCCGGCAGUCCUGCUUGCGUCUGGCGCUCCCAGCCUGCGCCUGCAUACCGUGCACGAUUUUAGCGGCUCUGGGGCAGCCAGCGACCUGGCCUGGGUCUCAGCGACGGCCAACACUGUUUACGUCUCGCUUGCCAACCCGGGCGCGCCGUCGUACGACCAGCUCUACGCCGCGGCGACUGCGCACCUGCUUGCCGCCGACCCUGUUGUACUCAUCGGCGGCAUGUACGACGGGGGCGACGUGGCCGACGUGCUCGUCGGCCUUGACAACGGCGACGUUGUCGUUCUCGCCGACGGCGGAAGCGGCGGCCCGACUACCGUGCUCUCAGGCCUGGGGAGCAUCUUGGCGGUGCACCUUGAUCCGCUUGUGGGCCACGACGGCAUGCUACUUGUGACGACCGCAACCGGCUUUGUGUUUUUCUCUGACUACGGCCAGUACUCGUUUGUUCCACCGGGCAUGCCGGUCGGAGCCAAGGUAGUUGCCGCGGAUCUUUUCGGCAACGAGGCCACCGACCUUGUUGUAGCCUCGAGCACAGACAUUGCGGUGGCGGGCGGCAAGAUGGUUCUUGGCGCUGCGCCGCGCCGCGAGCCGGCAAACCUGGCUGAGUGUGGCGGUGUGGCCAACUCGUGGCUCUGCAUCUCGGCACGUGCUGCGCACUCGGCUGAUGGUGCCACGGUCACAGUGGGCGAGGUUGUGCCGGAUAGCAGCUCGCUCUGCGCGCGUGCCCCAGCCGCACACGACUACCACCGGAUAUCGCGGAACAUCACGCUUGCAGGUGGCCGCAUUGACUGCGGGCCGCUUGGCGGCGUGCUGCUGCAGGUCGCAGCAGGCGCUCAGCUGACGAUCGACGGCAUGCAGCUGAUUUCUCAAGCAUCAGCUGCGACACCGGUGGCCUCACUCCUCGCCGGCGCUGCGUUUGAUGUCUCCUCCGGGGGAAGCCUUGUGGUGACCUCAUCGACAAUGAGCGGAUUUGUGGCCGAUGAGGGAGCCAGCGCGCGGGCGACAGUGACGCUGUACGGCGGUGCCAUUCGAUGCGCCGGCUCGCUGACGGUCACAAACGCGACAUUUGCGGCCUGCCAGGCAGGGCAGUUUGGCGGCGCGAUUGCCAUGCUGGGCGGUGCAGCGGCGACGCUGACCGACGUUACCUUUGUGGACAAUACGGUGACCGGCGAAGCCAGGACCCGGACUUCUGGCGGCGGUGCAGUCGGCGGAUUCGAGGUGGCGUCGCUGACCUGCACGCGGUGCGUCUUUGAGCGCAACGCAGCGGCUGGGUUGGGCAGCGGCGGCGGCGCAGUGGCGCUCCGCUCGCUCACUCUCAGCAGCGUGGUGCUUGUUGAUUGCACCUUUGUUGACAACUCGGCGCCAGGCGGGUACGGCGGGGCAGUGUUUGUCGACGUCUCGAGUACGUCUGCGAGCGUGGCCAUUGCCAACACGUCGUUUUCGGGCUCGUCGGCCGUGUUUGGUGGCACAGUGGCAGCGGCGACGCUCGGCAGCCUCAGCACGUCGUUUGCCGGCUUCCAGGCGCCUAAUCUGCCACCACCGGCGUCGCUGGCGGCGCUAACGGCAUUGUCAGCAACACUGCGGAUAGAGAGCUCAACUGUUUCCACAUCGUUUGCGCGAUACGGGAGCGUGGCGCUCUCGUGCGGCAUGGUGGUUGACAUGAGCGGGACGGAUCUCAGCUCAGCGAGUCUGAGCUACUCGCAGGCAGGCGGGGUUUGGUACCAGUGCCUGCCGCUGACGUCGACGACGGCGGUGGUAACCACGUCGCUACCGACAUCCUCUCCGAGUGCAAGCUCUGCACUGGCGUACGGCCCGAUAUUUGCAUCGCCGGCAGCCACAUUGACAUGGUCGCGGGCCGGUUCAGCCCUCAGCGUGCCGUCGGGGGUCAACUUUGGCAUCGAUGGCGGCCAAUUGCUUGUCACCGACGGCUUUGGCACGCCUGUAUCGGACACAAUCCUUGACUUGCUGCUCUCUGUUUCCGCGCCGGAAGCACUUGUUACCGACGCGGCCAUCCGAUGGGACGUGGCCGCCGGCGGAUUCUCGCUCAAGGACGUGGCAAUCCAAAUUGCCGGUUCGCACUGGCCGGCCGAGGUGGGCAAAGAGUUUUCGCUGAAAGUCAGCCUGCGGUCCGGCACGUACCUUGAGCUUCCAGUCACUGUGGGUGCGUGUCCGGUCGGAUUCGGCGCGGUGACCAGUAAUCCGCUCCUUCCGCUGAGCUGCUCGCGGUGCGUCGCCGGGACCGAGUCGACCGAAGAGUCGGUGGCAGCGUGUACCGUUGUCCCGACCUGCGCCGGGACCGGCUAUCCAGUCAACGGCGAGUGCGUGGUGUGUCCGGCGAAUGCGGUGCGUCUGGCGAGCCAGAACACCACGAGCUCGGGCAGUGCGCCGCCGUGUGUGUGCGCCCGUGGGUACUGGAACGCAGGCAAUGAGGCCGACCGUGAGUGCACGGCAUGUCCGAGAGGUGCGAUCUGCCCAGGCGGUACCGGCGUCGGAAGCGGUCCUGUGGCGCGGCCAGGAUUUUUCAAGGUCGACGUCGGCAAGUACGAGGCAUGCAAGGUGGAUGAGGCCUGUCUGGGCGGCUCCAUCUGCGCGCCCGAGUACAAGCAGGGCUCCAUGCUGUGCAAGGACUGCUCAACAGGCGCCUACCGGCAACAAGACGGGUCGUGCAAGCGGUGCCCGAACGCGCCGGCGUCGCUGCUUGCCCUGCUGGGCGGCGCGGUUAUCUUUGCGGCGAUGGCGGCGGUAGUUGUGGGCGGGCUUGCGGCCAAGCAGUUCCAGAAACGUGUCGACUCAGACGGCGAGGUCGGCGGGGUCAAGCGCGCACCGCACACGCUCUCGCUGGCGGUCAUCUUUUUGCAAGUCCUGGGCAUCCUCGCCAAGGCGCCGCUCAAGUGGCCCAAGCCGCCUGUGAAGCAGAUUUUGGAGGCGGCCAACGUGGCCAACGUAGACUUGUCGUUCUUUGCCAUCGACUGCUCGCUGCCGUCGUUUGUGGUGCGGUACUCGAUCAGCAUGCUUCUCCCGCUGCUGUUCGGCGGUGUUUUUUUGGCGAUACUGGUGCUGGUCAAGCACGUACCUGCGCUACGGUGCUGCUUCUUCCGCGGAGUUGACGCCUCGCGAGUCCGAGUGGUGGACAUUUCGCUGUGGGCGAUCUUCACCUUUGGGCCGCUGGUGUACAUCCCGCUCUCGCGGGCCGCGCUGGUCUUCUUUGAUUGCACACAGUAUCCCGACGGCAAGUGGUAUCUGGAUGCGGAGCCAAGCUUGCAGUGCUUUGUGGGCAAGUGGCUGGCAACGCUCGAGCUCGCGAUCAUGGGCGUCGGCUUGUACGUUGUCGCGCUCCCAAUUCUGUUUGCAGCUGUUCUCUACAAGUACCGGCACAGCCUGCGGAGCCCUCUGGUGACGCUCCGAUACGGGUCGCUGUACGCCGUCUUCCGCCAACACUACUACUACGCUGGGAUGCCUGUCAUGUUCAAGCGGCUACUCAUUAUCAUCCUCUUCUCGGGCCUGCUAGUCGUUUUCGUCACCUCGAUGCUGUUGCUGACCAAGUACUCGCCGUACACGUACCACCCGCUCAACGUCAUCGAGACCAAACUGGACUUGAGCAUUGUGGCGCUGCUUGUUGCCGGCCUCUUGUUUUGGAUGGACGAGUUUCCAAACGAUGGCACGUACGCGGUGUUUGUCGUCCUCGUGCUGGGCGUCAUCGGCUAUGCGGCCGCCACCCUCGUCGUUGGCCUCAUCCGCGAGCUGCGUCACCACCGGGCUAGUGCGCGGCAGGUCGGGAUCAACGGCGGAAACGACGAGAACAACGAGCACAACACCAUGUUCCUCGCGUGGGUCCGCAAGUUUGCACCUGAGCUCUCGGGCAGCGUUCGAGCGGCUGUCCGAGACCUGCUCGGCUCCGACUCGGGAGGCGCUGACUAUGAUGGAUCUUCCGGCGGCUCGGUCGAGAUGGUGGAGCUGGGCGGCGCGACGGCCAAGUCUGACGUGUCAAGCCACUCGCUGGCUGCUGCGAGCAACAAGGCCGGCGAGAGAUUGGAGAGCAGCAGCAGCAGCUCGGUUGUCUCUGCCGAGUCGUCGACUCCUGCAUCGUCGGCAAGCCGGUCGAUGAGCCGGGCGAGUUUUCGCGCGGCGCGAUCGGCACAGCUGGCGCGCAAUUCUGAGCAGACAUCUACCUUGCGCGGCGUCAAGUCGGCUGCUGGCGCAGGCUCGUCGUUCAGGGCGAGCGCGAGAGGCCGGCGAUAGUCUUGCCAGACCCAAGUGAAUUCCAACAGGAGCGGUUGACUGCCCCCCCCCCC